GAAUGUUCAAUGCAAAUGUGAGCGAGAGCUUUAAUUUGCCUUUGCUACCCCCACUGCACUCAUCAACUUUCCAAUUCUCAUUCACCACCCACUUUCACUCUGGCAACAGUUUCUUCAAGGGAACAUGUUUGUUAGGACAGAUACCACUGCAUUUCAAACUUGCUGAUCCUCUCUUUUAAAAAUGAAGAUCGUAAGGAUCAAGAAACUGUCUGAUGCAGGCAUGCUGCUUUUUGCAGCACUUUUAGUUUUUAGCCAGGCCUCAAAUGUGGGGUCUGCAGAUGUGACCUAUUGGGCAGAGGUCAUGAUUGAGGGUAAUAAGACCUUAAAUGUUGCUGCCAAUCUUCCUGGAAUCAUCGGAAUUGUUUUGGAUACAGGGGUGACCAUUACAAAUGCUGAAAUAGCCGCAGAGUGUGAGAUAAUUGGCACCAAUUCAACAUGCUGGUGCGGAACAGACUAUGUUUGGAGCAACCUUGUGUGUGACACUGUCAAUAAAUGCUGUAAUGUGGACAAAUGUGUGGCAAAUAUAUCACAAUACACACCUCUGUGCCUGCCCAAAACUAAUGUUUCACUCAUCGGAUUGCUCACUGGUUCCGCCUCAAAUGUCAGUGCCUCGUUGGACAGCGCUUUCCGUGUGCUAAAUGCCUACAACUCAUUGACUAUCCUAAGCACAGUAUACACAGGGCUAAAUACGUACGCUCACAAUUUCUCGGUGUCUCUGAGUUCUGUGUUUUCCACCCCCAAAGUUCAAAGCAUAAUAAGUACUUUGCGGAGUAAUGCAACAGUGUAUUCCCUCAAUGUUAGGUCACUAGGUAUGGUAUACAUGGAGGCACCAACAGGGAAGGUGUGUUACAAUUCAAAACAACAACUGAACUGCACCAGUAUAGAACGGAUGGAGAGGUGUGUGUGGCAAAUGGUCAGAGGGGACGAAACACCUCUGAUUCUGGGACCGGGGAGUGAAAUAAUGCUUUCAGACAUUUGUACAGAAACAUCAACAGUCACACUCCUAAAGACAAAUGGAUUUUGGUCAGGAACAUACAUGUGCCUUUUUGUCACUGGGAACAUAGCUCACAUGGCCUUGGCACCUAUUCAAAUCGCACUUUUGCCAGAGGUGAUUAAUGUGACAAGCACUCCACAGACUGCCGACUGCACUGAGGCAACAAGCACCAAAGUUACCGUUUCAUGUUCCAUUGAAAACAGCACUGAAACCUACUCAGCUCAGUUAAAAGUUGGAACUACAGAAAAUAUCGCACCAACUAGAGAAGAGAUCAGUGGAGUAAUCAAGUUUACUGCAGAUUUCACUGUUAGCUGUCUGGCAGAAGGCAAACCACGUGCAAUUGACGGUGGUUGUACUAUAUCGAACAGUUUGAAUCAGCAGCGAAAUCGCACAAUAAGAAUACCGAUAAUUUAUCCCAGUGACCUGUUUUGUGCAGCGGAAAAUGUUGAUCUUAAACAAUGGCCGAAAACAAAGAAUAAUGAAACAGCAGUUAUAGAUUGUGUUGAACAAGGCAGACAGGGAACAUUAAAACGCAAAUGCCUUGGAAGCAAAUGGGGGGAAGAAGUUUCUCUGUGUGUCAAAGCUAUCCUGAAUACAGUGAGCUUGCAAGCAAAGGAUUUUGAAAAAGGACUUGGAGCAACACAAGAGGGCGCUCGAUUAAUCUUUCAAAGUUUGAGAAAUAACACCGCAUCUGAAGUGGCAGAAAACACGUUUGGUGAUGUCAAGGCUGGAAUAUCUGUUUUCCAAACUAUGAAAAAUGCAUCAGCCAACAUGCCACUGGGCGAGGACCUUCUGGAAGAUUUCCUCGAAUCGGCCAACAGUAUGCUGAACAUAACCUGGGAAGUAGGAGACGAGGAAGAAAGUGGUGCACUGGCCUCACAAUAUCUGUCAUCUGUAGAAGGGCUCGUCAAAAGCAUCAGAAUAAAUGCCAGCGAAGGUUACAAUACUUCCAACAUUCAGUUCCAGGUGUGCCGUGGUGGCCCAUCCUGCAACAACACUGUCUUUGGUGUGGAUGUGGAGCUGAACGCCACAGCAGACAUGGUGAAAACAGUAGGGUUACAGAGCUUGUCCAACCGCCUACCAAAACAGGGCUACGAAAACGCAUUUUUUCCUAGCAUAGUUGUGUCCGCCACUGUUGAGAACAAUUCUUCUCCAGAUGUAAACAUCAAACUGGCUUUUCCAAAUGAUGAGGCGGGCGCUGAAAUGCUUUGCGUGUUCUGGAACGUCACAGAGCAGAGGUGGUCGGACGAAGGCUGUGAAUUUGUUCGAGGCCCUGGAAACACUGCCUACUGUGCAUGCAAUCAUCUCACCUCCUUCUCCAUGCUGAUGUCCAAGCAUUCUGUUAGCAUGCCUUUCCUGGAUCAGAUCACUUACAUCGGACUGGGAAUCUCCAUCUGUUCCCUAAUCAUUUACAUCAUCAUCGAGUGCUUGGUCUGGAGUACCGUUGUCAAAUCCAACCUCUCCCACUUUCGGCACACCGCUCUCCUCAACAUUGCAUUGUGUCUGCUCCUGGCUGACUGCAGCUUCUUAGCUUCCUCCUUCCCAUCUAUUCUAAAUGAUACCUUGUGCCUGGUUCUGGUGGUGGCCAAGCAUUACUUCUUCCUGGCCAUGUUUUUCUGGAUGCUGUGUCUGAGCGUCAUGCUGGUCCACCAGCUCAUUUUUGUCUUCAGCCGCAUUGGGAAAAAGGUCUACAUGAUCCUGGGGUUCACCAUCGGCUAUGUGUGUCCAACACUGACUGUAGCAAUUACAUAUGUAUACUACGACAAAGCGACUGACGUACCCUACUACAGCACUAAGACAUGCUGGCUUACGUACAAGUCAGCAAUGGUAGGAUCCAUCCAUGCGUUUCUCAUACCUGUUGGGACAAUUGUGUUGGUGAACAUGUUUGCCAUGGUGAUGGUCAUUGUAACAGUCUUAAAGCCAUCUGGGGCAGAGACCAACAAAAAGGGGGACAAAGAAGCAGCAAAGAGUGUAAUCAAAGUGAUUAUCUUCCUCACGCCUAUUUUUGGUGGAACUUGGAUUCUGGGACUCUUCGUUUUUCUGAUGGACGACUUCACACAGUUUACAACUUAUUUGGUCCAUUACUUGUUCACCAUACUCAACUCACUUCAGGGAUUCUUCAUCUUGUUGACGGGAUGUUUCGCAGAAAAGAGGGUCCGAGAUGAAAUAUUAAGGAUAAUUAUGUUUGGGAAAUCAGGUAAAGCUCAAGGCACGACCACGACUGUCACAAAUAAAUGAUCCAUACAAGUCAAUGCACAUAAGAUGGAGCGUAUAAAACAAUACAGAACACGGAUCCACCAUUGAAACCAUAGCAGCAGCUACAAAAAUAGGAGAGGGAGCUGUUUGGUGAAGACUUCAACAUCUUUGGAAGAAAGUCCAAAGGUUAUUUAUUUUUACUUACUGUUUAAGAGUAGGAACAAACAAUCCAAGUGGUCUUAUUCACAAUAGAUGUUGUUUGUGUUUUGUAAGAGCUGCUGUAUAUAAUUAGCAAUAAUCCAUAGUUUUCUACCCCUUGUCUUUUAUUUAAAACAGUUCUGUAUUUCUGAUAAGGAUCAUCUAUCUCUCUUUAAUGCAAUGUAAAAUUUUGCUGUUUAAUAUCAUAUUAAUGGUUACCUACUUUGGCUGUAAUAACAAUGUACAAUUAGUUUUAGCUGAGCUUCUAUUUUGCAAAGCAUAUGAAACUGUGGCAUUAACUGUUUUCAUAAGUCAAUAAUGAUUUUACUGUAAAAAAAAAAAAAAAAAAAACAUGUAACAAAAUAUCUGAACCUAAGUUCAUGUAGCAUGUCUAAGCACUCAGAUUGAUAGUUAGGAUUUUAAAAUGACAAGGCAGCUUGACAAAUUAUAAUUUUAUUUGUUUAUUUAUAAUUUUUUGUAAAAAUAUAUUUAAAUAUUUCUCUUGUUAAAUCUAUUUCCUUGUUUCUUGUAAAUGCAUAUGAAAAAAAGAGAGAUUAUGUUGUUAAUAAAUGAAAAUUUUAGUAUGAAUUAAGAUAAAUUAUGGACACUAUUGUUAGAUGAUUCAUCAAUAAAAUGCUUUGCUUAUCAUAAAUCUUUUUCA